AACAGAGGCCGGUGCUUCUAACGAGCAGUUAUCGUUUUGUGUUUCUUUUCAUUUUCAUGUUUUAUCGCAUACGGAUGGCUUUCCUUAUCUGUUCUUAUUCGAUAGUUCGGAGAUGUUGCAACAGAUAAAAUACACCCACUUUGUUCACCCCCUUGAUUUGACUUCAGCAAAGACAGGGGCACAAAAUAACGAACAGAUUUAUAAACAAGAAGUCAGGUGUUGUAACAGUUAAAUGGUCAUCUUGAUCACCACAUAUAAACACCAUUUUCAGGAUAUUUUGUGCAGAAUUUGAGAGACCGAUGUUUUCUUCUUUUGAAGUCGAAUUGUUUUUCCUCUUGAAGAAGUAGAACUGAAGACUCCUGUAGAUGGACAGUCCACCAGCGUUACACACAUCAGAAUUAAGGAGUGAACUCAUGACUACUGAGAGCGUCUCGGUCAUCGACUUACCACACUGGGAAAGUGGAAAAAGGAGGAUUCGGUUCUUAUAUCUAGCUGGAAACAACUCCUUUAAAGUUACCAAACAGAAUACAAAUGAGGAGCAGAUGAUUCCCCUCUUCCUUGGAGCCGAUCUCUUUUCUAACACAGAUAUCCGCACUGAGAACCAUCCUAGAUACCACGGAAAAUUUGCCAAAAAAGGACUGGCAACAAAACUGGUUUUCUCCUCAGCCUUCAGGUUCCAAGGCAUUCGACUUCCUUGCUCCAAUAAUGGCUUGUGGUUCUACUGUAUUCAUGGCGUUUUCCGGGUGGCCUUUGAUCUUUACAGUAAAGAAGAGCAGCUUUCAGUCUUGGAGUCAUUUCAGGAUCUCUGGAAGUCCCGAAUCAAUGAUGAGCAAUUAAACAUGGUUUACAACCUGCAUGUCCAACUGCCAACAACUACCAGCUACCAUGGUGACAAAGAGAUAUCACAUGAACAUGCUUCUAAUAACAUAUCUGCGCCUACCCCUGCCCAUUCAGGACCUCAAGAGGUAGAAGACUUUGUCAUCUCAGAGCCAGUGUCUGGUUUACCAGAAGAGUCGUCAUCCGUGGACCAUGACUACUGCUCCUUAUCAGAGCAGGCAAAGUUUAAGCAGUCUAGUCUGCUAGCUGAGAAACUCUGCAUUAUAGGUGACAAGUUAAAGUCCAUCAAUACAAUGGAUAAAAGUCAAGAAGAAACUAUCUUGAAGUUUCUAGAUUAUGCUGAAUAUUGGAUUAGCGGAGGGCAAGACGAGGAAAGGUUGACAGGCGCUGUGAUGACUUUACUUCGGACUCAUUCGCAAGGAUACUCAAUCUACUCCAGUCUUUUGCUGCAAGCGCUGGCUGGCUGGCUGGGUCAGAAGUUUCAUUCAGCCAACAGUAGCAUAAGCCAGCAGGUAGAAACCUUCAAAAUGCGACACAUUGAACACAUUACAGACUUGCCUCCUGCUGAGGAACUUGCCACAGAACUCUUUCCAGAGGCAAUGCGGAACCUGAUGAUAAACUGGAUGGGUCUGGGUGAAGAGGCAGCCACAUGGAAAAGACUCAGUGAAUAUCCAAUUGUACUGCUUAUACUGGAAUUCGCCAACCAUAACCUCAUCACAGGAGUGGCCCAUGUACUAUAUUCCAGUCUCAUAAGCAGGUAGAGAGGUAUUACAUCAAACAUGUGGUUUAACCAAGAAGUCAAUCACAGGUUUUUCCCAAACUGUUGUGACUUGCCCAAUACGCGUUUCAUUUUUCUUUAGUUUUGCAUAAAAGGUGAAGUAGCUGACAAGCAAUGGGAGCUUUUUCAUGAAAUCUACACAUCUAAAAUCACUGCAUCAAGUGAACAGUGAAAUCCACUUACAUUUACAUUUCUGCGCAGUUCAGUGAUUUGAGGUGUAAGCAGUCAGUGGUUUGAUGUGAAAUAGUGCCAACAGACAUUUCUUUGCAGUGGUGGUGAUUGGAACCAAGGGUCAGUGUUCACAGUGCAAGCUUCUAUAAAAUAAAAUCUAAAACUUUUUUUUUUAAUCCAAAACCACAAGUUAACUUCCACAUCUUGUAGAUUUUGAUAAUGGAAAAACUGUGAUAAAUCCUUUUUUUUUGGGGGGGGGGGGUACCUUGCAUGUACCUCUUGGCUAUGAUGUCAUUUUAAGAAAUACAUUUUAGACCAAAACCUUAUCUAUUGUAAAUCUCUGAGAUCAGGCAAUUGAUUCUAAACCAUUUCAUGUCGUUACUUUGUGUGCAUUAUACUUUUUAAACAUCUGGUUCCUAUCACCCCUAAUGUGAAAAAUUAUGAGUUUGCAAGUUUCUCUAGAAUGGAGCUUUUCACAACAAACUACAGUUUGAGUUUUGUCUUCACUACUGAAUUAUCUAGAAAUGUUGAAAAAUGGGUGGAAUUCCUUAGUGAUCUCAGACAGACUGUAUAAAAAUUGACAAGCAUCUUGUUUGGCAUGGGUGGUUAUGUAUUAUUAAGAAGUUGCACCACACUAGGCACUAGGCACACUGUGUAUAUCAGAUAUUGUCAGUGCUUAAGGAAAGAGCAUAAUUUGGCUUUUUAAAUCAUGUUUAUCAGUUUAUUUUAUUCAUAGUUCAUAGAAGCAUCUUGAGAUUACUUUUGUCAUCACCCAGCCCAGUCUGAAAGGGGUUAACUGUAAUAUUCAGAGAGACUGACCUGACAUUCAUGUAUAUGCAGUGGUAUCCUUGUGUAAUUCUGUAACUUUUUAAGCAUCGGGAUACAACAAAAGAACAAUUGAUAACAUUUUCAAAACUAAUUCAACUGAUUAAGUUCACAAGUCAGUACUUUCAGAAGAGUGUAAGUUACACUCAAAACUGCUAGGAGUCAAACUGAAUGAAAACUAGCACCACAACAUUUUCUUCAGGACUAACAAAAAUUUAAUGAGGCUGUCAUAAGCAUUUACAAUAGCUUGGCACACCUGUCAUGGUACUAUACCUGUGUCUUGAUGAUGUAAAAGUUUCAGUCAAGUGUUACUCAGCAAGAUCCUAAACAACAACCAUGUUCUAUUCACACAAAACUGACUUGUAA